AUGCCUCUUCGACGAAAGAGAGCGAGUUUUCAACAACUUACGGAAUUUGAACGGGGGAGAAUCAUCGGCCUUCGGGAAGCUGGAUUAUCUUAUCCGGCAGUAGCCGAUGGUGUGCAGCGUAACAGUAGCACAGUGAUGCGUGUUUGGAGGCAGUGGACAAACGAGUGUCAAACAACUCGAAAAUCCGGGAGUGGACUCCGAAAUGUCACGUCAGCUGGCAAAGAUAGACACCUGGUCCGCAUGGCGCUGACGGACCAUACGGCUUCCUCUAGACAACUGGCAGUACAGUGGCCAACAGCUACAGGUGUUUCAUUGUGUGCUUCAUCAAUUCGUAGACGUCUGCUGCAGCGUGGACUGCGCGCAAAGACACCUUUAUACAGGAUCCCCCUCACGCUAAGCAAUCGCCGCCUGCGGCUGCAAUGGGCCAACCAGCAUAGAGACUGA